AAAAGAGAAAGAUAAGGAGGAAAAUAGUGGAGUGUAGGAGAGAGUAAAGAGACAAGUGGAUUACCCUUUCCUGGAGAAACCGUGUGCUUAAGAGUGAGGGACAAUAGCAUCUUCUCCUGUAUACGUCUUCAGCUGAGUGUGUGUGUGUAUCGUGCAGUCUGUUUUGCCAGACUUGAGCCAGGUGGAUCUCUCUGGCUGUGCUGAAGCCAUGGGGCUGGCCAGCUGGGCUGCAGGGAGAGAGGGCAAUUCAGCCGGGGCUCUUGCCUCCGUCUUCAGAGUCAUUCUGCUCUCAUUUGGGCUUUGGGAUGUCCAGACGCAAACAGUCGCCAACACCAAACCCACCUACAUCUGGCAAACAGGGCCGUGGGGAAGGUGCAUGGGCAGCGAGUGUGGUCCGGGAGGUAGUCAAAGCCGGGCAGUAUGGUGUGCCCACUCCGAGGGCUGGACCACAUUACACACCAAAUGCCUGCAGUCAGAUCAGCCCAGCAACCAGCAGAGCUGCUUCCGUGUGUGCGAUUGGCACAAAGAGCUGUAUGACUGGCAGCUAGGGGCAUGGAACCAGUGCAUGCCAGUGUCCAUGCGAAACGUGGGUGUGCCAAAGCCAGUGGUGUGUGUGCGUGGCGAGGAAGGCAUCCAGACGCGAGAGGUGGGCUGCGUGCACAAGUCAGAUGUUGUGCCUGCAGAAGAUGCCAUCUGCGAGUACUUUGAGCCCAAGCCACGUUUAGAGCAGGCCUGCCUUAUCCCCUGCCCACGCGACUGUGUGGUUUCCAAAUUUUCUCCAUGGACAUCUUGCUCCAAGAGUUGUGGGAUGGGUCUGCAGAACCGCAUACGGUCGGUUCUGGCCCCACCCCUUUUUGGUGGUUCAGCUUGCCCAAACCUCACAGAGUUCCACACCUGUCAGCCGGGACCCUGCGAGAGCCAGGAGAGCUUGUACAGUUUGAGGGUGGGCCCUUGGGGCACCUGUACCACUUCACCUGUUCGCCAGGCCCGAGAAGCCAGAGAUCCGAAAGCAGAACGGAAAGCAAAACGGGAGAGGAAGGCAAGGCAGGACCGCCAGGGCAAACGUCGCAAGAACAAAGAGAAAAAAGAGUUGAAGGAAAAUAAAGGAGAACGUGUGAGGGAAAGGGUAAAAGUGAAAGGGAAGUUGAGGGACCCAGAGACUCGGGAGCUCAUCAAAAAGAAGAGGACAAGGAAUCGUCAGAACCGGCAAGGAUUAAAGUUCUGGGACCUGCAGGUGGGCUACCAGACCCGGGAAGUGACAUGUGUUCACCGAAGUGGAAGCCCGGCAGCGCUCAGCCUUUGUUACCAGCAGAUUCUCCCAGUGACCUACCAAGCCUGUGUCAUCCCCAAGGACUGUGAAUUGUCAGAGUGGUCGGACUGGUCUACCUGCUCAAAGGAAUGCUAUGAUCUGAAUGGACGCAAGGGACAGCGCACACGCACACGCCAGGUGCAGCUGUUCCCCGUGGGUGGAGGAAUAGAGUGCCCUGAGUUGGACGAGAGCGAGCCAUGUUCACCACAGGGAGAAGGAAUUCCUCCAUGUGUAGUGUAUAAUUGGAGAAACACAGAGUGGAGCGAUUGCAGGAUAGACGUGCUCCUGAGCCAACAGGACCGUCGCCGGAGCAACCAGACUGGGCUCUGUGGAGGUGGGGUUCAAACUAGGGAGGUCUACUGCGUUCAAGCCCCAACAGAAACCUCAUCUAACCUCAGCUCCCUCAAGAACAAAGACGCCUCUCGUCCAGUGAACAGUGACCUAUGUUUGGGUGCUCCUCCUAACACCACUCAGCUCUGCCAUAUUCCCUGCCCUAUGGAAUGUGAGGUGUCUUCCUGGACCGCGUGGGGGCCCUGCACCUUUGAAAACUGCCAAGACCAGUCCACGAAGAAAGGUUUCAAACUGAGGAAAAGAAAAAUCAUGAAUGAGCCCACAGGUGGGACAGGAAAUUGCCCUCAUCUGACUGAAGCAAUUCCCUGUGAGGAGCCCAGUUGCUAUGAAUGGCUGCUACUGAAGCUGGAAGAGUGUGUGCCUGACAAUGACAAAGUAUGCGGACCAGGAACCCAAAAUCCACAAGUGCAAUGUGUCAACAGUGACGGUGAAUAUGUGGACAGACAGCUGUGUCGAGACGCCAUCCUCCCCAUGCCUGUGCUGUGUGAGGUGCCCUGCCCAAAGGAUUGUGUGCUCAGUCCCUGGACUAGCUGGUCUCUGUGCUCCAACACCUGCUCAGGGAAAAACACAGAGGGCAAGCAGACCAGAGCACGCUCCAUUCUGGCCUAUAACGCUGGAGAAGGUGGGGGUCAGUGCCCAAACAGCAGUGCCUUGCAGGAGGUGCGUAACUGUAAUGAUCAUCCCUGCACUGUGUACCACUGGCAGACGGGAUCCUGGGGUCAGUGCAUAGAGGACACCUCCAUUCCUUCUGCCAACAGCUCGCUCAGCCGCAGCGGAGCAGGAGUCAGCACUAAUGAGGCAUUCUGCUCGGUGGGGAUGCAGACACGCAAAGUCAUCUGUGUCCGGGUCAAUGUGGGCCAGGUUCCACCUAAAAAGUGUCCAGAGAGCCUGCGUCCAGAGACAGUGAGACCAUGUCUUCUGCCCUGUAAGAGAGACUGUAUCGUCACUCCGUACAGUGAUUGGACACCUUGCCUCUCCUCAUGCCAGACAGGUGGUGCCAUCAAAAAGAAGCAAUACAGGAAACGCAUCAUCAUUCAACUUCCAGCCAAUGGGGGCCAGGACUGUCCAGAAGUGCUCUCCCAGGAAAAGGAAUGCGAUGCCUCAUCUGUUUGUCCAGGUUACAGGUGGAAAACCCACAAGUGGCGUAGAUGUCAGUUGGUGCCCUGGAACAUUCGGCAGGACAGUCCUGGAGCUCAAGAGACCUGUGGACCCGGACUACAGGCUCGAGCUGUCUCUUGUAAGAAGUUGGAUGGUGGACCAACAGAUGUUUCAGCCUGUCUUAAGUUUGCUGGUCCUAUGCCUCCACUCACUCAAUCCUGUCAGCUUCCAUGUCAGGAUGACUGCCAGCUGACUAACUGGUCCAAAUUCUCCUCAUGUACUGCUGAUUGUGUAGGCGUUAGAACCAGGAAAAGGAUGCUUGUUGGUAAAAGCAAAAAGAGAGAGCAAUGUAAGAAUACUCAGAUGUACCCUCUGAGUGAGACCCAGUACUGCCCCUGCAACAAAUACAACGCCCUGCCGGUUGGGAAUUGGUCCGACUGCAUCCUGCCCGAGGGUGGCCGUUUAGAAGGUCUUUUGGGUAUGAAAGUGCAAGGUGAUAUCAAGGAGUGUGGCCAGGGCUACCGGUAUCAAGCCAUGGUGUGUUAUGACCAGGAUAACCGCCUUGUGGAGACAUCACGCUGCAACAGUCACGGUUAUAUUGAAGAAGCUUGUAUCAUCCCCUGCCCAUCUGACUGCAAACUCAGUGAAUGGUCAAACUGGUCUCGAUGCAGUAAGUCUUGUGGCAGUGGAGUCAAAGUACGAUCUAAGUGGCUUCGAGAAAAACCUUAUAAUGGUGGAAGACCCUGCCCCAAACUAGACCAUGUGAAUCAGGUGUAUGAAGUUGUCCCGUGUCUGAGUGACUGCAGUCAGUAUGUCUGGGUGGCUGAGUCAUGGAGCGUCUGGAAAGUCAGUAAUGUCGAUCUGAAGGAGAACUGCGGUGAAGGUGUACAGACGAGGAAAGUAAGAUGCAUGCAGAACACUGUUGAUGGGCCUUCAGACCCUGUUGAGGACUAUCUCUGUGAUCCAGAGGAGAUGCCUCUUGGGGCCAGAGAAAGCAAACUACCCUGUCCAGAGGACUGCGUUCUGACCGACUGGGGAUCUUGGAGUAGAUGUCCAUUGCCAUGCAAUGCAAACAGCACAAGGCAGAGGACAGCCAGUCCUAUCCGUCAGCCUGGUGAAGGAAAACAGUGUCCUCCUACAACCGCGAAGGAACCAUGCGCCAUUAACACCAACUGCUUCCAUUACUCUUAUAAUAUUACAGACUGGAGCACGUGUCAGCUGAGUGAACGAGCAGUGUGUGGGGUUGGAUUCAAGACACGCAUGUUGGACUGUGUUCGCAGUGAUGGUAAAUCUGUGGACCUCAAGUUUUGUGACGAGCUUGGUCUUGAGAAAAAAUGGCAGAUGAAUGCUUCCUGUGUGGUUGAGUGCCCCGUCAACUGCCAGCUGUCUGAUUGGUCAUCUUGGUCUGAGUGCUCUCAAACCUGUGGACUUGCAGGGAAGCUCUGGAGGAGGAGAACUGUGAUCCAGGCCUCUCAGGGAGAUGGAAGACCAUGUUCCUCACAAUUGGAACAGUGGAAACCGUGUCCUGUUAAACCUUGCUACAGCUGGAGAUAUAGCGCUUGGUCUCCUUGCAAGUCUGAGGGUGCACGUUGUGGAGAGGGUCUUCGAUUCAGGAAUGUGUCCUGCUUUGUGACUGAUGGCUCUGGGAAGGAUCAGGGCAGUAUGGUGGAUGAGGAGCUGUGUGGAGACCUGGAGCAGACAGUAGAUGGAGACAAACAGAUUAUCCUGCAAGAGUCCUGCACAGUGCCCUGCCCAGGUGAGUGUUACUUGACGGACUGGACCGCAUGGAGCCCGUGUCAGCUGAGCUGUAUCAGCGGGGAUGAUUUGGGCUUUGGUUCCGUACAGGUGCGUUCUCGUGCUGUUGUAGCUCAGGAACCCGAGAAUCUUCUGCAGUGCCCAGAACAGGAAUGGGAAGCACGGCCGUGUACAGAGGGCCAGUGUUAUGAGUACAAAUGGAUGACUGGUGCAUGGAAAGGCUCAUCUCGACAAGUCUGGUGCCAGCGCUCAGAUGGAUUAAAUGUCACAGGUGGAUGCCCAUUGACAAGUGAGCCUGUGGCAGACAGAUCAUGUGACCCGGCCUGCGACAAGCCUCGCUCAUUCUGCACUGAGGCUGGCAUAUGCGGCUGUGAAGAGGGUUAUACCGAGAUCAUGACAUCAGAUGGAGUGUUGGAUCAGUGUACAGUAAUACCAGUGCUUGAGAUCCCCACUGUGGGAGACAGCAAGACUGAUGUGAAGACGAUCAGAGCCCUCAGCCCUACCCUGCCCACCGCCAACCUGCCAGGACGCUCCGGUCGCACCUGGUUCCUGCAACCCUUCGGGCCUGAUGGCAAACUGAAGACCUGGGUGUAUGGUGUGGCAGCUGGAGCUUUUGUACUCCUUGUGUUCAUUGUAUCUAUGACUUACUUAGCCUGCAAAAAGCCAAAGAAGCCCCAAAGAAGACAGAUGAAUAACAGACUCAAGCCUCUGACUCUGGCUUACGAUGGCGACGCUGACAUGUAGCCUAAACGCAUCUGCUUGAUACCCGCCUCCCUCCACAGUUGGCUAUCGGUUAAAAGCCUCAAACAAAGAGACUCACGCAAACUUACGGACUGCUUUUUAUAAGACGCUCUUGGAACCUCAGAAAGACUCUGGCCAUGUUUAUAUGAUACUUCUCGCUCCUUUUUUACGUUCAAGUUUUUACUUUGUUUCACGAGAGCCUUCACAAAUUCUGAUGUACUUCAGGAAGUCUGCCUUCACCUCUCUGCCAUUGACAUCUUUCUAUAUAUAGAUUUGUCAGGAGGAAAGUUGCGGGACCCUUUUAAAUAAAGAGGUUUUGCUGAGAUAGCACAAAAUAUACCCUUCUCUUUAAUAACACACUUCUUGUCAGUUCCUACAGCGUGUUGACUGCUGAUGCUGAGGCACACUGUAGGUGACUGUUAGGACGUGUCUUGUUUAAACAACUUAAAUACACAAUUCAGCAUUUUCAGUCCUAAAACAUAAUCAAAUUUUUGUUGGAUUCUUCUCUGCAUCCAUAAGAAGGAAAUAAAUCUCUAGCACCCCCUAUAAACACUCUGGCCUGCCUUUCCCCUUCUCUGUAUUCAGGCUCCAUUUUGCACUAUAUUAGUGCAGCAUGAACAUUUACUUAUAUAGCAUUGCCAUAGAAAACUGCCUCUCUCAAAACAAGAUGAUAUACAUUCUUGUGCAAGACACGUUUGUUAUUUGAAAACAAUAGAGCGUGAUAGAGAGAGCGAGAGAACAAACGUAGCCCUUUUACAUCUGACGGAACUCACCAAUGUUUGUUUAUACAUGUUUACUGGUUACCUCUUGUUUGUGAUAAUGGGGCACAGUUGAAAAGAUUUUUGUGGACUCCACAAACACUCUGUUAUAUGUACAGUUGCAAUCAGAGAUGUGUUCCCUGAUUGACUUAAUUGCAUAUUAUUCAGCGGUUCUUUUCACCUUAGAGAUCUGGGUUGGUAAAGUUUUCCAUGUCUUUCUUCUUGGACUCAAAGGGCUCUGUGUUCACAACCCGAGCGCUUUCAACAGUAUGAUGUUUGUUUUCAAGAAUUGAUCAUCCUGCUGUGUCUAUGUAAACCUGUUCUGUUUGCAAUCUAUCUACCAUGGCUACUUAACACAAUAACAGCAUGCAAUUUCAUAGCAGCUACUUUCCAAAAACCAAAGCUGUGAUAUUGAAAGAUUCAGUUUGGCAGAAUUAUCUCUGAUUUAAAGAAAAAAAAAAACAUCUCAUUAACUCAUACAAUUCAGUUUUAUCUAACUCUGGUUUGUGCGGGCACAUUACACGUUUUUUAACGUUACAUUUUAAAAGGAAAAAGAAAAGGAAAUAGAAAAGUUAUAAUUAUCACACCAGGGAAGCCAUGAACGUGCAUGUUGUAGGUAAUCGUGCAUCAGCAGAAUUUACGAGGAUGAUAUGUGGAUUCAGAUGUGAUUGAAACGGUCAUCAGUGUCAGCAGCCAACUAAAAAGGUAUUAAAAAAGCACAAAUAAGUAGAUUAAGUCCAGUAUUCCCAGAAACCAUACAGAGAACGAACAAUGGGCACUACUGAUCUCUAAAGGCAUAUCAUGAAAUUUACUUUCAGUUAUCUACAACAUGUGAAAGGAAUGUUUACGUACUUACGUGUUUAUACUUGUUUUGUUAAUUUGUAAAUACAUGAAUGAUCUUUUAUUUAAUUAUUUCUUUAUUAUAUUUGUUCAUUUCUUUUUUACUGCACAAAAUGUUUAGUAUAAACCUCUCAAAGUGCGUCUUAGUGUGUGUGUGUUUGUGUGUGUGUGUGUGUGUGUGUGUGUGUUUGAGAGAGUGAGAGAGAAAGAGAGAGAGAGUCUACUGUUACUGAUCUUCACCGGGGCGAACCAGGUUACUGUGUGAAAAUUUUGCUUCUUUUCCUACAGGUUGUUUAUAUG